GAGUCCCACAUAUAAUUCACAGCGCUGACGUCGUGGGUCAGGCACAGAAAGCACUGUCAGCUCCAAGGGCAGUCCUGCGACAAACUCGGGGAUUUAAGGCGAAUCCUCAUCUGCCUCCCUGUGCCCGCCGGCAUGAGCACCCCCGGCCGCCCCGCCCUGCGCCCCGUCCUGCUGACCCUGCUGCUGCUGUGGCACCUGGCCCGGGCCCAGUUUCCCCGAGCCUGCGCCAGCGCCCCUGCCCUGCGCAACGGCGAGUGCUGCCCGGACCUGCGCCCCGCUGCCGGGCCCGGCUCUGACCGCUGUGGUGCCGCCUCGGGGCGCGGCCGGUGCGAGGCUGUGAUGGCGGACUCACGGCCCCACAGCGCUGGGUACCCGCACGACGGAAGGGACGACCGCGAGGCCUGGCCGCUGCGCUUCUUCAACCGGACCUGCCGCUGCGCCGGCAACUUCGCGGGGCACAACUGCGGGGCGUGUCGUCCCGGCUGGGCAGGGCCCGGCUGCAGCCAGCGAGCCUUGGCAGUCAGAAGAAACCUCCUGGACUUAAGUGCAGAGGAAAAGAACCACUUUGUGCAGGCCCUGGACAUGGCAAAGCGUACAACUCAUCCACAAUUUGUCAUUGCCACAAGGAGAUCCAAAGAAAUACUGGGAGAGGAUGGCAACACGCCACAGUUUGAGAACAUUUCCAUUUAUAACUACUUUGUUUGGACACACUAUUACUCUGUCAAAAAGACUUUCCUUGGGCCAGGCCAGGAAAGCUUCGGUGAAGUGGAUUUCUCUCACGAAGGGCCAGCUUUCCUCACAUGGCACAGGUACCACCUCCUGCAGCUGGAGAAAGAUAUGCAGGACAUGCUGCAGGAGCCUUCCUUCUCCCUGCCUUACUGGGAUUUUGCAACUGGGAAAAACGUGUGCGAUGUGUGCACUGACGACUUGAUGGGUGCCAGGAACAGCUUUGAUUCCACGCUCAUCAGCCCCAACUCCGUCUUCUCCCAGUGGCACAUGGUCUGUGAGUCCUUGGAAGACUACGACACUCUGGGGACACUUUGUAACAGCACGGAAGGGGGCCCCAUCCGGAGAAAUCCAGCUGGGAACGUGGCGAGACCCAUGGUCCAGCGUCUUCCUGCUCCACAGGACGUGGCUCAGUGCUUGGAAGUUGGCGUAUUUGACACUCCUCCCUUUUAUUCCAACUCUACAGACAGUUUCCGAAACACAGUAGAAGGUUACAGUGAUCCCACAGGAAAGUAUGACCCUGCUGUUCGGAGCCUUCACAAUUUGGCCCAUCUAUUCCUGAACGGGACAGGAGGACAAACCCACUUGUCUCCCAAUGACCCUAUUUUCGUGCUCCUGCACACAUUCACUGACGCCAUCUUUGAUGAGUGGCUGAGGAGAUACAAUGCCGAUAUAUCCACAUUCCCAUUGGAGAAUGCCCCCAUUGGCCAUAACAGACAAUUCAACAUGGUGCCAUUCUGGCCUCCUGUUACCAACACAGAAAUGUUCGUUACCGCUGCAGACAACCUUGGAUACACUUAUGAAGUGCAAUGGCCAACAGGCCAGAACUUUAGUAUCUCUGAGAUUGUUACCAUAGCAGUAGUCGCUGCUCUCUUGUUGGUUGGACUCAUUUUUCUUGGCAUCUCUUGUCUGAUUCGUGCCAGAAGCAAAAUGGACGAAGCCAGUCAGCCUCUCCUCAUUGACCAGUAUCAACAUUACGAUGAAGGAUACGAAAAAGUCCAGAAUCCUAAUCAGCCUACGGUCUAAUGACAAGCUCCUCACCCUCUUACACAUUACUGUCAGGAAACAGCCUGGUUAAAAAUUAGUAGAAUGAGCUACAAACUAGAUUUUCUUUCAUUUGUUACUUUCUUAUACAAGCCUACGUUGUACUUAAAGCAUUGCUUUCCAAAGGUGAGAAGAGUAAUUCAGAAUCUUUUGAAUUUCUAAUUGUCAGCUCUAUUUAAAAUGUUCAGUUGCACCAAAUCCAUGACAUUUAAAAGCUAGUAUGGGGCCGGGGAUUUAGCUCAGUGGUUUCGCUGCCUGCUGCAUAAGCACAAAGACCCAAGUUCAAUCCCCGGUACCAAAAAAUAAAAAAUAAAAAAUAAAAAAAAUAAAAGCUAAUGUGAUGAUCUUUGUCAUACUUCAAAGAUUGACUAUACAAUGUAAACAAGUUGCUAUGCUUUGUUUAUGUGAAAGGAAAAUAAAGUUUGAUAGUAGUCUUUUUAAAAUGCACAACCAAGCACUUCUACACUGUCAAAAUGUAAAAGCAUUUUUAUUGUUGACAUAGGUCAACACAUAUAUAAGCAGCAGCAUUUAUUAGUUAAAAUACAUUACAUGGAAUUAUAAAUAAAUGGGAUGUUAAUGAACUUUUUCAAAUUGGUCUUCUCAGUUGAGCUUCAGCACGUAUUAUUUAGCCCCAGCUUCAAGACCACCACAAAGUCACACUCUUUGCCACACACUGAAGAAGUGAAAGCUUCCCUUUGUUAAGAAACAGCUGCUAUUGUCUAUUUGCUGCUGUGUUUCCCUCGGCCUCAAUUCACUGAAGAUGGAACUCCAUGCUUUUCACCUCCUAGCUCACACAUCUCUCUGCCUAAUUCCUCUUCCUCCUCCUCAGGGUUCCCAAAGAAAGCACAAUUAAGCCUCAUUUAAGCAGCGUUCUCUUAUCAUUUACCAGAAUCUGUGGGCAUCUGCAAAAUAAAAUAUUAAAAAACUGUUUUGUUUGUCCCUGUCUCAACCCAGUUCUGCAAGAAUGCUGGUUUUUCUAUGAUUUAAUACGAAGUUUUUUCUGGUUUUGAUCUUGCAUAUGAAGCAAUAUUUCCUAAAUGAAGUAUGUAUGCUGU